UAUCGUAGUAGCGUCGAAACAUUCUCCAGCCGGUCAGUGCAACGGCAGCGAGCGCAGCCAGAUUCAGCUGUUGUGGCCGAAGAUGGCGUCGUGUGGACGUGUUCAGCUGCUUGUGCUCCUCAUGUCGCUCUGUCUUCUCUCUGUACACUCUCUUAAAGCUCUUCCGGGCUUUGGGAACGCGCAUCCUCAGGCUGCCGCCGUGCAACAGCAGCUGAGAGCGGCGGUACCGCAUCCCGCCGCCGCGUCCUCCGGGUCUCAGUCCAGAAGAUCCACUGGCUGGAAGCUGGCAGAAGAGCAGGCCUGCCGGGACGACGUAACCCGGCUCUGUCCCAAACACACCUGGACCAAUAACCUGUCUGUGCUGGAAUGCCUGCAGGACCGGAAGGAGGAGACUGAGUUCGCUGUGGAUUGCAACCACCUGUUGUGGAACUACAAGCUGAAUCUCACUACAGAUCCAAAGUUUGAGUCGGUGGCUCUUGAAGUGUGUACAAGCACUAUGUUAGAGCUGAAAGAGUGUGCGGAUGAGGAAAGAGGGAAAGGCUAUCUGAUGUCCUGCCUGGUCGAUCACCGUGGCAACGUCACUGAACGCCAGUGUCAUCAAUACAUCACGAAGAUGACCAGCAUCAUCUUCAGCGACUAUCGACUGAUUUGUGGGUUUAUGGACAAAUGCAGAGAAGACAUCAACACGCUGCAGUGUGGAAGCAUCACGGUUGGAGAAAAAGACCUGCACUCACAGGGCGAGGUGAUCGCGUGUCUGGAGAGAGCUCUCGUCAGAGAGGCGGAGCAACAGGAACACACUCAUCCAAUCAAGAGCGACUGUAAGAAAGCCAUCAUGCGAGUGGCAGAACUGUCCGCCGAUGACUUCCAUCUGGACCGUUACCUGUACUUCUCCUGCCGAGAUGACCGAGAACGCUUCUGUGAAAACACUCAAGUGGGAGAGGGCCGAGUGUACAAAUGUCUGUUCAAUCAUAAAUUUGAGGAGGCCAUGUCAGAAAAGUGUAGAAAUGCCCUGACCACUCGACAAAAGCUCAUUGCUCAGGAUUAUAAGGUCAGUUACUCCCUCGCCAAGGCCUGUAAAGCUGACCUGCGCAAAUACCGCUGUAACCCGGACAGCAGCAUGCCCCGGGCACGAGAGGCCAGACUCUCUUACCUCCUCCUGUGUCUGGAGUCGGCAGUUCACAGAGGCCGUACGGUGACCGGAGACUGUCAGGGUGAGAUGCUGGACUACAGACGCAUGCUGAUGGAGGAUUUCUCUCUGAGUCCUGAGAUUGUGUUGCACUGCAGGGGAGAGAUUGAAGCCCACUGUUCCGGACUCCACCGUAAGGGCCGGACCCUUCACUGCCUCAUGAGAGUGGCCCGCGGGGACAAGGGCGCGGUGGACAAUCUCUGCCAGAAGGCGCUCCAGACUCUGAUCCAGUCGGCAGACCCCGGCGCUGAUUAUCGGAUCGAUCGAGCUUUGAAUGAAGCCUGUGAAUCUGUCAUUCAGACGGCCUGUAAACACAUCCGCAGCGGAGAUCCCAUGAUUCUCUCUUGUCUCAUGGAGCACCUCUACACGGAGAAGAUGGUUCAGGACUGUGAGCAUCGUCUUCUGGAGCUUCAGUACUUCAUAUCAAGAGAUUGGAAACUCGAUCCUAUCUUAUAUCGUAAAUGUCAGAACGACGCGUCCAGACUCUGUUACACGCCGGGCUGGAACGAGAGCAGUGAGCUCAUGCCUCCUGGAGCUGUUUUCUCAUGUCUGUACCGCCACGCUUACCGCACAGAAGAACAGGGCAGACGGCUGACGAGAGACUGUAAGGUGGAGGUUCAGAGAAUUCUUCAUCAGAGAGCUUUAGACGUGAAGCUGGAUCCCCAACUUCAGAAACGCUGCAUGAUCGAUUUGGGCAAAUGGUGCAGUGAGAAGACCGACACUGGACAGGAGCUGGAGUGUCUACAGGACCAUCUGGAUGACCUGGUGUCAAACUGCAGAGACAUAGUGGGCAACCUGACAGAACUGGAGUCAGAGGACAUUCAGAUCGAAGCUCUUCUGAUCCGAGCGUGUGAACCCGUCAUUCAGAACCACUGCCGUGAUGUAGCUGAUAAUCAGAUCGAUACAGGGAAUCUUCUGGAAUGUCUGGUGCAGAACAAACAUCAGAGAGAAAUGAAUGAAAAAUGUGCUGUGGGCGUCACACAUUUUCAGCUGAUUCAGAUGAAAGAUUUCCGCUUCUCCUACAAGUUUAAAAUGGCGUGUAAGGAGGACGUGCUUAAAUUGUGUCCCAACAUUAAGAAGAAAGCGGAUGUGGUCAUCUGUCUGAGCACCACAGUGAGGAACGACACGCUACAGGACGUGAAAGAUCAACGUGUUUCUCUGAAAUGUCGCAAACAGCUGAGGGUGGAGGAGCUGGAGAUGUCAGAGGACAUUCGACUGGAGCCCGAAUUACACGAAGCAUGUAGGAAAGAUGUCCACAAGCUUUGCUCCUCUGUCCCCUAUGGAAACGCUCAGAUCAUCGAGUGCCUCAAAGAGAACAAGAAGGUGCUCUCUCAGACGUGUCAUCAGAAGAUCUUUAAGCUUCAGGAAACAGAAAUGAUGGACCCCGAACUGGACUAUCAGCUCAUGCGAGUGUGCAAGCAGAUGAUCAAGCGUUUUUGCACAGAGUCAGAUGCUAAGAGCGUUCUUCAGUGUCUGAAACAAAAUAAAAACAGUGAACUGAUGGAUCCAAAGUGUAAGCAGAUGAUCACCAAGAGACAGAUCACUCAGAACACAGACUACAGGUUGAACCCUGUGUUAAGGAAAGCUUGCAAGGCAGACAUCCCUAAAUUCUGUCAGAGCAUUCUCAACAAAGCCAGCGAUGCUCAUGAACUAGAAGGUCAAGUCAUAUCUUGCCUUAAACUCAAGUAUGCCGACCAGCGUUUGUCUUCAGACUGUGAAGAUCAGAUCCGAGUGAUACUUCAGGAAUCGGCGGUGGAUUAUCGGCUGGAUCCACAGCUACAGACUCACUGCAGUAAUGAGAUCACGCGGCUGUGUGCCGAGGAAGCUACGGCGCAGGAACAGACGGGUCAGGUGGAGGAAUGUUUGAAGAACAACCUGCUGAAGAUUAAAAAGGAGGAGUGCAAGACGGAGGUGUUAAACAUGCUCAAAGAAAGCAAAGCAGACAUAUUCGUGGAUCCCGUACUGCACACUGCCUGCGCGCUGGAUCUGAAACACCACUGCGCAGCCAUCACACCCGGAAGAGGCAGACAAAUGUCCUGUUUAAUGGGUGCUCUGCAAGACAAGCAGGUGCGUUUACAGCCUGACUGUAAUAGAAGAUUACAGGACCGCAUAGACAUGUGGAGCUACGCUGCUAAGGUGGCACCAGCUGAAGGUUUCUCAGACCUCGCUUUACAAGUGAUGACGUCACCUUCAAAGACUUACAUCCUGUUAAUGAUCACACUGUCUGUGUCCAUCCUCUUCCUCGUGGGGCUGCUGUGUGGCCGCAUCACCAAAUGUGUCACCAGAGAGCUGAAGGACAGGUAGAGAGAGGAUCCCGGCCAUGCACAUCCCAUCCUCAUUUUCUGCGCUCGCUUCUCUCCGUAGGACUUUGGGGACUGUCGGUGGAUGUUCUGUGGACUGGCGUUAUAUGUGGAACCCACUGUAGCCCAUCCAGCCACCAAAAUCCACCCGAAUCCAAACGUUGGACUUUUAAACGCGCCUCAGACAAGAUCAUGAUCGUUUUGGGACAUUAUGCCUUGAUUAGUGUUUGUUGUUUUGAAAAUGAAAGCCUUACUACAUGACGCUACUCAUAUGGUCAUGUGUCAAUGCAGUAUUUUUUAGCACAGUUUGUUCUUUGAGAAUGUAGAUAGGGCUUUAAUCAGUGGCUUAAGUGAACGUUCAGAACUUGAUGAUUUUUGUGGAUCAUCACUAUCAUUUUUUAUUUAUUUAUCUGAAAAUCACAAGGUGAAGUGCACUUUGAGUGGGAUUGUGGGGUGUUUCACUAAAGAUGUUUUUAUGUCUGAAAUGAUAAUAGCGCUUUAAGGCCCUGUUUUACAGAUGAGGCUUAGCUUGAGCCAGUAAAAUAAGGAUAUUUAAGUCACUUUUAAUAAAAACAUUGCCUUUGUUUUGUCUCAACAUGCACACCAGUAAUUACAUAUUUUAAGCGAUGUCAGGGCAAUUUAGUUUUAGUCAAGAUAGCUCAAACUUUCAUUUUAGUCUGGGACUAGUCUUAAGCCUUGUCUGUGAAACAGAGCAUGAAUGUCUGGUUCUGACACAUGAAGUGUGGAAUGUAAUCUUACGUCGGGGCAAAGAUGUUUCUCGUCUGACUGGGUUGAAUCUCAUGAACAACAUGUCCAAGUAUAGAUGUAUAUUUUUACAUUACAAAUUAACUCUGUUUUAGGACCACAAACUUUUCUUUUAAUUGUGACAAUUAAGAACAUUUAAUUUUCCCACACAAUUUGGAAUGGUGGUUUUGAUUUAUGUAAUGUACAGACCCUAAUCACUAUAAUACAAUGAAAUUAAUGUACAUUACAGCAAAUACAUGGAGAUUUCUAACUCAGUAAUGAAAAUAUGGUGAAUUUCUUCUUGAUAUAUUUAGAAUUACGGGGUAAAACAUGCUUCAUCGUCAUGAAAAUAACGUCUUAAUGCUGAAAAGCACUAAAUUUAGGUUUGCUUUUCUUCAUUCAAGUUUUUUAUUCUAUUUCUUUCAUUUGUGAGGCGGAUGUGUGCUUGGUAAGAUUUACCCAGUGAUCUCUGAAAUGUUUGGCACAGCAUGUUUACAUUUUUAUGAUGCAUUAGAGAUGAAGUGCUAAAAUGUGUGAAGGGUGAAAAAUGAACACAUUCACAUCAGUUUUAUUGUUCCUUUGGACCAACUUUAUAUGAGUUAAAAGUCACAGUAAGUCCUGUUCGAUGUAUUCCUUCAGAGGUACUUUAAAUGUUGUGCAAAUGCACUUUUCAAUGUUUUAUUGUCUUUGACUUCGGCCUUAUUUAUUGUUUACAACCUAACUGUGCUUAGCUUGGUUUUAUAUUUAUCUGCAUAAAAGGAAACGUUUUCAUAAAAGGACUGUGGGUCUGUAGUUUGUGGAAGCCCGCGGUGGCAUAUUCGUCUUCUUUUUGAUUAGUUAAAAAGUUAAUAGGAAGAAUUUGUUUUCUGUUGCCUUUAAGCAGUGUAUACUGUGGAUGCCAAGAGAUCUUUGUCGAAGGUAAAUCUUACAAGAACAAGACCAGGUCACAUUUCACUCCAUUUCUAAAGAAAGGAGGAAAAAGGAUAUGAUAUAUACUGUUUUGCCAAAAGUCUUCCUUAGGACUGAAGAUUUUCUGCAUCGUGGCCUUGCUCUUGUCAAAAACUCAACGCAUUUCCCCCUGAUCGUAAUACUUCACAUACAACAAAUACUGUGAUGUAUAGAAACUUCAUGUAAUUGAUUGAAUGGGAAUGUGCCCACCAUGUCACAAUGAUACAAAAUAGACUUCCGUUCAGCAAAAUAUCUUUUAUUUCAGGUUAAAUGUGACCUGGACAUGUUCUUGACAGGGUUACAGAGAUUCAGCAUGUCAUCAUCAACAGUUUUUCAUUUCUUUGACAGGAGCUGAAUCAUUAUAGAAACAGUAUUCUAUCGUCUCUGGAGGAGCGUGUAAAGCCAGUUUGUCCACCAUACACAUUUUAACAGAUUCAGAAAUAUCCCAGAAUUCAGCAUUUGGGGACAGAUUUGUACUUUGUAAUAUUUUGCAGACAUACUGCUUACAUCUGAGCAUUGAUCAUAUCAGUGUGAUUCUGUAAAUAGUAGAGCUAAUGUGCAAACUACAGAUCACGUCCAGGCUUUCUGAUCGGUUGAAAUCAUACGAUCACAGUUGAUAUUGUAGAUAAGGAAAUGUUGAAAGUUAUUUUAUUUUAAAUAGGUUUCUUCUAAUUCAUUUUGAAAGAGAGUUUUGAUUUUUACACAUUUUUUUGUGUUUAUAUUCUUCUGGUGUACCUGACUGUUUUUCAUUUAACAGGUUUCUAGCGGUACAGUAUGUGUGGUCAUCGGUCACCUUUUUCUUUUUUUGCACAUCAAAGUGAGUCUGUGUUCUGUUUGAGCCGGCAGUCUAGACCCAAUAUUACUGUCUACAAUCACAGGAGUGGAAAGAGUGCAGGAUAUUUUGUCUCUGCGUGGGUUAUAAAGACUUUCUCUUUGAAAAAAAUGUAUUUAAAAAAUUGACAAAAUUGCCCGUAGGUAUGAAAAAUUUUGUUUAAAUGAUUGGAUGUUUUUUUAUAUGCCUUUUGUGCAUUUUGGACUAUUCAUGUCGCCAGAGAUUUUAGGUUAAUGUAACCAUGUAGGAUUGCAUUUAAGUGAAGGGUGUGUGUACUGCUGAGUCCCGUUUGAAAACCACUAACAUCACUCACAAAGUUGAAACCGGUCACAAUUUCAUGACAGUGUGCAGAGCCAAAGAUCAUCCUGCUUUGUUUUAAUGGCCUUUAACUUCUGUCUCCUGAAGACUCAAACUCUAUAUGGCAGGCAGUUUUCCAUGUUUCAUCUGAACAAUUGAUUUCAUGUUAACUGCGAAAUUAUUAAGCAUUGUAAAAUGUUCUGGCUGUGAUAUUCUUCUCAUUCUGCCAUGUCUGAUUUUUUUGUUUUAUUUGAUUCUGUACAGAUUACGAAUUGGAAGUUUAAUAAAACUUGUAGGUUUUCUUAACACUUUGUUUAAUUUGCAAUGUUGUUUCAUUAUAACCCUGAAAAUGUUAGUUUUUGUUCUUCAAGUGUUUCAAGGACAAAAGGAGCAUUUCCAUCAACAAAGGAUAUAAAUGCAUUUUUUUCACCUUAAAGAGCUAAUUAAAUCUGAGAUAUAUUUGGUUAUACUGUAUAGACAAUAUUCUGCAGUUUUUUUACCACAAUGUGGACAUUUUUAAAACCGUUGACAAAAACACUGUGUACUGUGCAUUACAGUUCAUGUCAUUAAAGAUGAUCUAUAUUAAUCUCUAAAUAAAAAACAUUCACAUCUGACAAAACACUAGU